AUGCCCGCCCAUACUCUCCAUACGCCCACCAAAACCAUUUCCCAUGGCUUCCCUCCGACUCCUUGUGCUCCGUAUAUUUCCGAUGCGACCAUACCAGCAGUCCUCUCACUCCUCCUCACUGGACUUGCCGCUAUUUGCGUCUGCAUCAGUCUCCUCCAUGGUCAAAUAAGGUUUCCAUGGUGGCGGACUGUUGGUGUCGCCUGCAUGUUGAUUGGUUUCAACCUGGUCGGCCAUAAUUUAGUCCUUUCGAGCAUCCAACACAGCUUCUCUUGGUUGUUUCUCCUCGUCGAAAACCAGAGCUUGCAGCUGUGGCGUGCCUUCGGCCAUUGUCUCCCGCAAUCCACUUUCACGGCCUAUAUUCGAAACCACGGCUAUGGUAUAGCACAUGAAAUAUCCCUCGUUGUCCGAACCCAUGCUAUAUGCAUGCUUAUCUCGACCAAGACACCAACACCGCCCCCUUUUCCACUCGUCGUAAGCGUCAUGGCUUCAGACGUUGGUCUAUUGGGGUUCCUUCUGUCGCUAGCGACGAAAUUACCGCCAUUCAAGGAUUUGUUAUGGGCUGUCUACCUCUGUGGAACAAUGCCAGGCUACUGGGGACCCCCGACCAUGAGUCGCCUCCGGCAAUUGCUUGCUUGGCUCCUCAGCAAUCCCUUGGUCAUGUCCAUCCUCCAGUCCGACUCGCAAAAGACAUCGCUUGUCAUCGGUCUGCUGCACAUGGCAUUCGCCUUACCUACGCUCCUGCACUGCAGCGUUCGAUUGUUGCGUCCGUCAUAUAACAUCUUCAAGUACUCCCUUAUUCAAUUCCCGGGUCCUUAUCUGCUCAUCCACAUCAUACUUACUCUCUGGAUCCUCGCCUUAUUGGCGGGGCAUUGCUCGAUAAUCAUCCGCGAGAGCGACCCCGCGCUCGACAGGCGUCCUUUCUUCGACGCACUUGCAAAUGACCUUCGUGUGAUCGCUCCGUUCAUGCACGACCGCCUCGAGCCAUUCAGAACGAACCAAUACGACGAGAUCGGCGUAAUCAGAGCACUUUUCAUGGAUGUAGCAAAGUCGGUGUGGACAUCGUUGGAUCUGAGCCGCCAAAUGCUCGUGCUAGGUCCCAUAGUAGUCUUUCGCGUAAAAUACUACUUGAUUUGCAGAUUCCUGCCAUUCGGAGGACUAAAUGGUGGAGACGAUGGCAACGGCGGCAACGGCAGCGUCGACUUGAAGAAUAGAUGCCAUUGGUUGGUUGAGAAUCGCAAUGCAACGAACGACGGUUAA